GGCGAGGCGCGCACCGGAGGGGAGAAGCUCGCGGCGGCCGCGCACCGAGGUGAGCCGCGCCUGGAAGAGGCGGGCGCUGGCCCCGCGGCCCCCGCCCUUCCUUUCAGUUUCGUCCCCUCUCGCUGGCGAACUUGGCGGUGGACAAAAAUGGCAGGAGCCGGAGCCCGGGCCGGUGGCCGCAGUGCGUCCGAGACCUUCUGAGUUGGCCGCGCCGCCGGGGGUUGGGGGGGCGGGUGGAAAGGCGCGCAGGGACAUCCGAUGCACGGGGCCCGGGGCUUCGAGAGACCUCAACUGCCGCCAGUUCGCGACAAGGAGGCGACGAGGAUGGACCUGCGCCCACAGCCAGCGGCCGGCCGCCGGGCGCGCGGUCGGGGAGGGCGUGCCGCCGCGGCGCCGGGCCGCGCGCUCUGAGCCGGCCAGGCGGGAAGGGGCCGCCGCGGAGCCCGGCACACCCGGGCGUGGCGCGCGGACGGGCGGGCGCGCAGUGAGAGCAGGGCGGCCGCCGUGCCGCCAUCCAUCCGGACGGGCUCCCGCCUGACUCUGACUCGGUGCACAGCGCCGGCCACACCCUCGAGCCCGCAGCCGCAGCCGCCGGCACUGCUCCGCUCGGGCGAGGGCAGGAGGACGCAGGAGAUGCGAGUCCCGGAGCACCAGUUGGAGCCGCCGUCGCGAGCCAGCACCGCCUGACGGGAUCCCGGCACCCGGAGCACACGUGCGCCACCGGCCCCGCGGCGCCUGACAGCGCAACACAGCUCACCGAGCCACCCCGCGUUCCUCCUCCCCGAGGGAAGGAUUUUGGUUUCAAAGAAAGGAAGGAAGGAAGGACAACUCCCAGCUUCCCCGUCCCGCCCUCCCAGCGCCGGUGGCCGGGUCGGGCCAUGCCCAGGAAGGCGGCGGUGGCGGCGGCUCUACAGAAGGGACUUGGCUGGUGGCAACCCGGAGACGAGGGGCGCGGACUGUGAGUGCACCGUGCCCCAGUUCAUGAUUCCUGCAAGCCCUUUGGGAGGCCCAACGCCACAGCCCCGCGCAGCGCCCCGAAGAGCCUCCUGCGUUCCCUGGCUUUCAGUCCCUCUGCGCUCCCCAGCCACCACCACCACCACCCAGCGCCCUCCGCCCGCGGCGGUGGAUGGCAUGAUGGUGCGGGGACGGCACCGCGGCCCUGGCCAGCUGAGUCGCGGCCGCAGUGGUGGAAGCGGGCUCCCCAGCGGCAUGCCAGUGCCCCCCGGGCGCGAUGGCUAGCGGCAGCGGCGGGAAGCCCAGUGGCGAGGCGGCUUCUCUGGCUCCUGCGAGUGCCGGCGGCAUUGGCGGGGCCUGCUCGCUGCCACGCAAGAGGCUGGUGUCCGUCUGCGACCACUGCAAGGGCAAGAUGCAGCUGGUGGCCGACCUGCUGCUGCUGUCGAGCGAGGCGCGGCCCGUGCUCUUUGAGGGCCCCGCCGCCUCGUGUGCUGGCGCCGAAUCCUUCGAGCAGUGCCGGGACACCAUCAUCGCGCGCACCAAGGGGCUGUCCAUCCUCACCCACGACGUGCAGAGCCAGCUCAACAUGGGCCGCUUUGGCGAGGCCGGGGACAGCUUGGUGGAGCUGGGCGAACUGGUGGUGUCACUGACCGAGUGCUCGGCCCACGCGGCCUACCUGGCGGCCGUGGCCACGCCGGGUGCGCAGCCCGCGCAGCCAGGGCUGGUGGACCGCUACCGUGUGACGCGCUGCCGCCACGAGGUGGAGCAGGGCUGCGCCGUGCUGCGUGCCACGCCGCUGGCCGACAUGACCCCGCAGCUGCUGCUGGAGGUGUCACAGGGCCUGUCGCGCAACCUCAAGUUCCUGACGGACGCGUGCGCCCUGGCCAGCGACAAGUCUCGGGACCGCUUCUCCCGUGAGCAGUUCAAGCUGGGCGUCAAGUGCAUGAGCACGAGCGCCUCGGCGCUGCUGGCGUGUGUGCGCGAGGUGAAGGCGGCGCCCAGCGAGCUGGCGCGCAGUCGCUGUGCGCUCUUCAGCGGGCCCCUGGUGCAGGCCGUGAGCGCCCUGGUGGGCUUCGCCACGGAACCACAGUUCCUGGGGCGUGCGGCGGCUGUGAGCGCCGAGGGCAAGGCGGUGCAGACCGCCAUCCUGGGCGGUGCCAUGAGCGUCGUGUCGGCCUGCGUGCUCCUGACCCAGUGCCUCAGGGAUCUGGCGCAGCACCCCGACGGGGGCGCCAAGAUGUCGGACCACAGGGAGAGGCUGCGGAACUCGGCCUGUGCCGUGUCUGAAGGCUGCACCCUGCUAUCUCAGGCUUUAAGGGAGAGGUCUUCGCCGAGGACUUUACCGCCAGUGAAUUCCAAUUCUGUGAAUUAGCGUCCCACCCCUCUCCCCACUUUGGCACUUACCCCAUCUCCACCAUCACCCCCAGACUGAAGGAAGAUGCUUAACUCUCCGCCCCUCUCCAUUUAUACCAAAGAAGUCAGAGGUGAAUGGCUCCCUUUCCCGUGCCCCACAAACGAGGCACUAACCUUCCAGAAGGCGGGGCCGCAGGGACCCCCACCCCGGAACCUGCAUGCACCCAGGAACUGGAAACCAGAAGAUGGAUGAUUCGUUGGUGGCAGUGCCCUGCAACUCUCCCACCCCAACCAACCUGUCUGUCUUCCGGAAUUUCCCAGCUAAAUGUUAGCAGUGGGCAGGAAGGAGGGCAUGGGCUCGUUUCUUUGUCCCUGUUUUAUUUUUCUUUUUGGUUGUUGUUUUAAUUAAAAAAAAAGGUUACCUCAGUUUUCACUCCUUAGAUGUGGAUGUAGCUACCUUUUUUUUUUUGUAUGUCUUUUUUUUUUUAAAUGCAAUCGUGUUGAAUUAGGAGUAUACUUGGUGUGGAAAGAGUCUGACUUGGCUAUGUGAUUUGCAAAUGGGGGAAGCUACUGUGAGCGUGUUUUAUUUUUGAAUUUACACUAUAGAGUGAUUUUCCCCUCCCCUCAAUGUCAAGUUUUUACCUUGCAUGUACUGGAGUAUUUAUUUCAUCUAUUAAAAUGUUAUGUUUCUCA